UUAACGCGGAAAAGCCAGUCUCUUCGUUGGACAUUUUUUCUUCCAGUUUCUUUCUGCUUCCAGACUCCUUCCCUCCGCCUUCCGCCUUUCCUCACCAGUCUCUGUUGGGCCUGCUGAGACAGCUGUCUCCUCCUGACGAGGUUGAGCGACUUGUUUUUCUGAAGGCUUCUGCGUUUUUCUUCGUCGUUCAGAAGGCGUUUGACUCUGUCUCUUCUCUCGUUUUGCGGUAUCGCUUCUCGUCUUUCUAGUCCCAGUUUAACCUCUCUGCUUCUCCCCAGUGUUCUGUCCACGACCUUUUCAGUAUCGCGGCAACUGCUUUGUUUCCUGUCUGCUUGUCGUGAGUUGUUCUCCCCUGUCUCUCUGCCUUUUCCUCCUUUUCCGCCAUCCAACUUGUUCGUCUCAAUUCCUUCUUCCCCCAAAUUUUCUCCAAAAUGUUUUUUCCGAGCGUAGGAGGAUCGGGCGCCGCCGGCGCUGCGCCGACCCUGACGUCUCAGAAGGUCAACCUCCCAGGGAAAGACGAUGACAUCACUGGCAAAUUCGAUCCCACGGCUCUGGAGCGCGGCGCGAAGGCACUGAAGGAACUGGACUCUUCUCCCAACGCCGCCAAGGCGUUUGAGGUGACGAAGCUGCAGGAACAGACGAAGCAGAAGCAGCUGCAGAAGGAGAUGGAAGAGCUGGCGACUGUUCGCGCGCGCGCGCAAGCAGAGCACGCUCGCGCGGAGGCUGAAGAGCGCCGGAAGACCAUCAACCAUGCCCAGGAGCAGGAGAGAGUGACGGCCCAGUAUCGAGCUCAGCUAGAAGCGGAAGCUUAUCAGAAGAAGCUGCAAGAUCAGCAGAAGCAAAACGAAGUGUGGCUCGAGCAACAACAUCAACAGUUUCUGAGGCAACAGGAACUACGGAAGAGACAGGAACAAGAACUUCUGGAAAUGCGCAGACAACAGAUGCGCGAAGAGAAGGCCUUGGAGCGCGAGGUGAUGCGCGAGAGAAUUCAGGAGGAAACGAAAGGCCGAAUCAAGCAGGAAAGAGAAAAUGUCGACAUCCACCUCAGGGAGAUGCGAGCGAAAGCAGCUGAGUUUCGGAAGACUCGCUUAGAGACUCUUCAGACCGUCUUUUCGGGCGUCGGAAACGCGUUCAAUGAGCUGAUGAGUGACCGGUCUCGCCUCGCGACUUUGGUUGGAAGUCUCUCGCUUUUGGCCUGCGGCGUCUAUGGUGCCCGCACAGGCGCGCAUCUCGCAGGAAAGUACUGGGAGUCGCGUCUCGGCAAACCGCCUCUGGUGCGCGAAACCUCCCGCUGGGUCUUCUCGAAGUCGUUCUUCAGCCCCCUUCGCUUUCUCCGCGGCAAGCCGAAGAAGGACUUCCAGGAGAAAAUUGUCCUCGAGGAAGAACUCGCAGAGAGACUCCAGUGGACGACGAACUCCCUGAUCGCGAGCAAGGCGAAUGGGACGCCCUUCCGCCACAUGCUGCUCUACGGCGCUCCUGGAACUGGAAAGACCCUCUUUGCGAGAACACUCGCUCGCGAGUCAGGCAUGGACUACGCGAUCAUGACUGGAGGCGAUGUAGGCCCCCUGGGCAUGGAUGCGCCGAACGAAAUCAACAAAUUGUUCUCUUGGGCGAAUAAAUCUCGCAAAGGCUUGCUGCUCUUCAUCGAUGAAGCCGACGCGUUUCUUCGUCAAGGUCGCGGCACUGCGCGAGGCAUGUCCGAAGACAUGCGCAACGCGCUCUCGGCUUUUCUGCACCACACAGGGACGGAAAACGACAAAUUUUGCGUCAUCCUCGCGACCAACUGCCGAGAAAUUCUCGACCGGGCUGUGCUGGACCGCGUUGACGAGCAAUUUGAGUUUCCUCUGCCCGCGGUUGAAGAGCGGAAACGCAUGCUGAAACAGUUCCUCGACGAAUACAUUCAUCGCACGACCCCCACGGGCAGGAAGAUCGUAGUCGACGAGAACAUCGAUGACGCCUUUGUUUGUGAAAUGGCAGAGAAGACCGAAGGCUUCUCCGGACGACAACUCGCCAAGCUGGUCAUUGCCUUCCAGGCCGCGGUUUUUGGGUCAGGCACAAACACACUCACACGGGGCAUGGCGGAGACCGUUCUCUCUUGGAAGCUUGCUCACUUUGACCAAGAUAUCGACACCGUCGAACGACGAAGUCGCGAGCAGAAGCUGUCAGGCGCCCAGACCGAAGCUUCCACUCAGAUCUGAAAUUUCCAUUUUCCGCAUUUAACGCGUUAGAAAAGGCAGAUUCCUUCGGAGAAUCCCGCAAGUCAAUUUCACAUUUCUACACAGCUACCUACGUCUAUACUUACAGGUGUCAGUUAUUUGUCUGUUGACAUACAUUUGAUACAUCUAUACAAAUACAUAUACAUAUAUAUAUAUAUUUAUAUUUAUUUAUAUAUUAUACAUGAAUAGAUGUAUGUGUAGACUUGGAAAGCUAUGCGUAUAGAUAAUUUUAUGGGUGUUUGAAGCUGUAGCUGUGUCGGAACCCAUCGACAGUUGCAGUGGCUUUUUGUAGGGCAGGUGGAAGUUGUGGUGCAGACGACGGACGCCUUUUGCCGAGUAGGCAGAUCUGGUUGGAACUAGUGACAGGCGCGAAAACGAAGGGGAAAAAGAAGGAAAAGAGAUGCUUGAACGCCGUACUUGUAUGUGACGUGUACAGGGAUGCAUGCACAUCCAUUUAAAUAUAUCGAUGCAUGUGCUCGCUGGGUUACUGGAUGUGUAACUGGAGAGAGAGAGGAUGUUGAGAGUGUCGCCUCUCUCUCUCUCUCUCUCUCUCGCUUCGGCGACAAAACAGCAGGGGAGAGAUGCGGAUGUCUGCCGUCUCUGUUUUCCUCCGCUGUCUUUGUGCGAACUGCUUUUUCCGCGUUGUUUCCGCUUGUCUUUGUUUCUCCGCCUUCUCCGACGCUUCCCGUUCUUUCCGCUCUGCGACUUCCCUCGAGUCCUCUUCGUUGCAUGCGCUGACCCUGCCGCGGGGGGAGAAGCAACACCACGGAAAGUAACCGACGAAGAAAAGACCGAAGAGGCAGAGAAAAGGUCUGGAAGCUUCAAGGGAGUAGGGGAACAAACCAGGACGAUAGAGACGGCGAAAAGGAGGCGAUCCUGUGACAAGGAAGGCAGAGGAUGCGCCUUCGCUAUUGAGAGGACAUCUCUCCGUUCUCAUCGCUUCUCGCGUCCGUCGAUUCUGCUGUGCCCUUCUCCCUCGCGAAGUGUGAAGGCGCAGUCGGUCGUCGCUCUCGUUUGUGCGAGUAGUCGCGAAGACCUGACAAGAAAAUCCGCUUUCUCUGAUGGACUAAAGCCUGGCGUUGUCAUCCUCGCUCGAAACCUCUCAAGUGAGGUCUUUUUCGUGUCUUGUGUCAGUUUUUCCUCCCGAGCGCUUCCUCACUGUCGCUCCGUUUUCUCGCUUCCGCGCUGUCUCACUUCCAGUUCUCUCCUCGCAGUUCUGGCCUUCACCGUUGUUCGUUCUGACAUUUGCCUCCGAACUAAGAGCGUUCGUCCGUUGCUCUGCGUUCUUCCUUUCUGUGCGUCUCUUCGCUCGCGACCCUUCGUCUCCUAUUUGAAUCCGGUGUACUGUUCUCCGGCACUCUUUUAGUCGCCGCUUCUCUCUCACGUUUGCUCACAGUUCACUUCAGCGCCGCAUUCUUCCGGCAAACGCAGACGUUCGCAGCUUGCUCUUCUCUCUCCCUUCGCAGUCAACAGGAAAGUCCACGUACACCC